AUGUCUGCGAGUCUGGCUUUCAUAACACAUAUUCUUCUCAACAACAAUCAUAUCACUCAACAGUUGGCCAAAGAAGUGGAAGAAUUUGUCCAAAAUAAUGAUCUCGACUAUAGUGUGGAGAAUAAUCUUCCGGUUAUGGAUUCUGUGAUCAAUGAAACUCUAAGACUAUAUCCGCCGCAAACCACAUUUAUUUCCAGAUGUAAUCCAACUCAAGAUUUUGUAUACGAAGACCCGAGUGAUGGCAAACACUACACGAUUCCAAAAGGCAUUCAAAUUCAAGUGGCAUUAUAUCAGAUCCAUAGAGAUGACAACAACUACCCGAAUGCCAAUCAUUUUAAUGCUUAUAGAUUUACAGAUAGGUCAGGAAAUCGUGUCAAUAUGGGAACUAAUGGAGAAUAUUCUGUGAAAUGGCAGCCAUUCGGAAGGGGAGGACGCGAUUGUAUCGGCAAAACAUACGCCAGAAUCGUAUUGAAACUAAUCCUUUCAAACCUGUUGUUGAAAUUCCGAUUAAAUACCACUGAAAACACUGCGAGAGAUCGGGAUUUAGAAAUUGUUUACAAAACAGCGACAAUGACUCCCAAGCAUGGCAUCUAUGGCUCGGUUUCCGCACAAUUGCCAUAAAAUCAGUCUCAAGUGAUUUAUUUAAUAAUUAUAAAUUUUAUUGCUUCUGUUAUUAUUAUAAAUUUUAAUUUGUUUAUGUUUUAUAAAUUAUCACUAGAC